CAACGUGUCGAGAAAAUUUGAGCUGCACAAGAUUGUGCAUAGAUUGUCGACCUCAAUAGACGAUUCCGGUAAGUCCCCAGUCGGCACUACCAGAAAAGAUGCAGUGUUUGUAGACGAUGAACAUGAUCGUCCCUCGAUUUGUGUCUACAAUUCAGCAUCGGACUCUUUAUCCUUUUUCCUUACUUCGAACGCGAGACAAUGGCAUUCAUCUUUCUCUCAUUCUUUUCGUUCCGACCACGAGAGGACGGAACUCCACUACUCGUCACCCAAUCUGUUGUCGAAUUGAAAACGAAAUAGUGAAUCCGUUCAGAAGGACGUCUUCUGCUCUUCAACAGUCUCAUACAUCAAGAAUCGGGAGCUGCAGUUCGUCACGUGUGCCACGGAGAUUUUGUUCAAGAAGUAUGUAUUGAGGGAAUUCAGCAGCAGGUGGUAACUUCUUGGGCUCCGAACAGAAUUACUCAGGAUUAGCUAUCGUGUCUACGCGCGAGUCCCGGACAUUGAGACAGUGGAUGAUUAUUUAGAAUACGAAAGCAUGGAGGAGAGCCUUGGAGAGCUAAGUGCACCUCUAGAGGAAUUCGAGCCCGACGGAUUCACAAAUGAUUUUAUGGAAAAUAUACCAGGAGGACUUUUGUGCGAAAUAAGGCCUAAGAAUCGAUUUUACAUCAGUCGGGUAUUCACUGAAAUAACUGGGUACACCAAGAGGGAAAUUCGUUCGAUAAAAUGCUGGAACAAAAUUCUCUGGAGCGAACAAGGCAGUGAGGAGAGAGCCUUUUUUGAAUCUGAAAUGGAGAGAACCGGUGAAUAUAAGAAGACAUUGAAGAUUUGUACUCAGAAAAAUUCCAGGCCUAAGUUCAUAGAUUUUCACGUGAAGAAGACAUCUGUGUACGAGAUGUGGAUGCUUGUUGACGUGACUAAACAUGUGGCCUCCGACGAGAGAUUUCCUAUCCUGUUCAAUGAAUCGACGGAUGCAUAUCUGCUUGUAUAUGAUGGGGUCAUUAUGGAGUGCAAUGACACUACCGUGACGAUUCUAGGACGCGAAAGCAGAGAUGAAAUUUUGUACCGACAUCCAAGUGCUUUCUCACCUCCAUAUCAACACGAUGGACGAAAGUCUGAACAAAAGUCUGUUGACGUUGACGAGGUUGCCUUAAGGACGGGAUUCAACAGGUUUGAGUGGGUACACACGAAAACAGAUGGGACAGAGCUGCCAGUGGAAGUAACUCUGAAGAAAGUGGAAUGGGAGAAUCAAGAAUUUUUGCUAGUCGUUUGGCAUGAUUUGACAGAGUACAAGAAGCAAGAGGCAGAGUUGAAGAAAGCGAAAGAACUGGCAGAGAGGUUCUCUCACGCAAAGUCUCACUUUCUUGCCAAUAUGUCUCACGAAAUUCGAACUCCGAUGAACGGAGUGAUUGGUAUGGCCAAGCUUUUGCUGGCCGACGAAAAAAUGGAUCCUAACAUGCGGGCAGACGUAGAGACAAUAUCACUCUGUAGUAAGAAUUUACUUCGACUUCUCGACGACGUUCUUGAGUUAACUGCGAUCGAGAAUGAUCAAGUGAGAAUCAACUGCGAAUUUUUUGAAGUUCGGAGCGACAUCAAUGAUGGACUGGCACUUAUGAGAGAAGCUGCUGAGAAGAAAAAGCUGCAUGUAAAGCAAGAAGUAAGCGACGAUGUUCCGGUGUUUGUUGUUGGAGAUAAAUGCAGAGUUCGAAGAGUUGUUUGCAUUCUGAUAGACAACGCCAUCAAAUUUACAGAAUCGGGUACAAUCGUGAUGUCAGUCAAGCGGGCAACUAAGGAUGAACUACAAAAAUUGAACCUUGACAGGCCUCCGGUAGAAAAAUGUGUCAUACCACCAAAUCCUUUCACAGUUUUGGUUCAAAUCUGUGAUACAGGUAUGGGUAUCGAGAAAGACGUUCUAGAUCGAUUAUUUGAGCCAUUUGUGCAGGGAGAGAGUGGGCCCUGCCGCAGAUUCGGAGGUAUCGGGGCCUCCCUGACUAUUUGUAAAGCUCUAGUUGAGUUGAUGGGAGGCCAUAUUUCUGUACAAAGCGAAGUAGACAGAGGAGCUACGUUCAGCUUCACAGUACAACUUGGAGAUGUGGAUUUGAACUGGUACCCUUUACACUGGAUUCCUCCGCCAUCAAGGGACUGGAAACUAUUUCUCAAAUGCGGACAUAUACUUCUUGUAGAGGAUAAUAGAGUAAAUCGAAUAGUGGCUUUGAGAACUUUGGCUGCAAUUCAGAUUUCUCACAUCGAUGUUGUUGAAAACGGAAUCGAAGCGCUCGACGCAUGCAUGAAAACUCACUACGAUUUAAUUCUUAUGGACUGCCACAUGCCAGAGAUGGAUGGCUACACUGCCACGAGACGCAUCAGACAGGCAGAGGCAGAAGAAGGCAAAGGAACGCACAGAUUUAUAGUGGCCUUGACGGCCUGUGCACUUAAGACUGAUCCACAAAUUUGCUUCGAGGCGGGAAUGGAUAAAUACAUCUCGAAACCAUUUGAUCUUCGAAAGCUACAAACUGUUGUGGAAGAACAUUUGCAUGCUGAUAGGGAGAAGCAUGCUAGUGACAUUUCAGCUCGUCAUCGUGACCGACUUGCCAAGAUCCAGGAACAGGAUACGACCGUGUGUCAAAGCAUAUUCAGACCAGAACUUGGGGUAGUUCCUGAGGGAGAUAUUGCGGCUUCACGUCCCAACUGUCCUCGACCCCAUCCCUUAUUUUCAUCCGGUUCGGGAAUGCUUCGUCAUACCUUUGCGCAAGGAGGCGAGGGCGAGGUAGAAAUGACAGUGUCUGUAGAAUCAACUUCUUCCCCGAUGGGUGUAUGGCAGACUUCUGCAGCCUGUCUGUUGUCCGACAACCGACAUCAAGCAUCACGCUUGCGGGGAAAGUGGUCGGGAAUGAAGACCGGGAGACAUCACGAUUCAAGUGCUACUAAUUGCAAAGUGGCCAAGUUUAGUUACAUCGAAAGAUCACCGAUUCAGCUCAGAAAAUGCCAUAGUGCAUUCCUGUGACUGCCUGUAACUUGUGUAAUAGAUCUGUACUAAUUUACAAUCCUUACCGCGGAAACCAAUUCCAAACAACUUUCGGGGCACUCUUCAAUAUACAAGCGCUGUUGUAGAGAUGGAGUUCGUAGAGUGAACGUCAAGGCCUUCUUCACAUACUGGCGCUACAACGACUGGAGAAAUCGUAGGAUGUUCACGAGAAAUUAAAACUUACGAGAAGUAGCGGAGGAAAGUGAAGGGGUUCGAGUAAGUUUCGUCUUCUUAAUCAUCUGCGAAGAGGAAAGUUCUCUCGGCCUUCUCAAAUGUUUUGUUUCCGUACAAUUUUCCACGAGGACAUUGUUCUGGUGUGCAUUUUGAAGGAGCGAUGAUGUUCCAGCACAUUUUCGAACGAGUUGUCUAAAAGUGGGUCUUGUGUGUAAAGAGUAUUUGUUCUGUUACGCAUACAUGUACCAUUCGAAAGCAAGCGAUCGGUGGUGAAGCCUUAUGAGUCAGGGUCACCGUACAUCAGACCACGGUCGGCCAAAUUAUCGGAGAACUGUUCGUGAGUUGAAUAUGUGAGUACUAGGAUCGAUGUACUCCUGUCAUCCUUAGAUAAAACUUUUCAACAGGGAGGUGUGAGAAUCGUAGAGCAGUUAAGUUAUUUGAAAUUGCAGUUAUUUACUUGUAAGCAUUUGUAGGUUUUAGUCACCAGUUUACACGUUCAAAAUAGUAAGUCCACAAGCAAUUGUUCAAAAGGUAUCUGUCGCAUGGAUUAUGCGAUAUGUGUACACUGGUGGCAAACAUUGCAAACGCGGGUGGUUGCACAAUGAACUGCAUCGAGAAAGUUGGGUUGCUGUGGAAAUGGAUUCCACGAGAUUGUAUAAAGGA